CCGCGAAUUAAUUUUGUUCUGCGCUAUAAUAUCCACAGCUUCUGAGGCUCACUAGAUUCUUAAUCUAUGAAGCUCAUUUAGUGCAACAGUUGCAUACUGCGCUGCGCCUCUAUGCUUAAUUCAUACUGGACCUUCACACAGUCCUACGACAAGCAUGGAGUCUGUACAGAGAUUAUUCUACCGAGCGAAGAAUGAUACAGAUCAUGACAUCGAAGCUGGAAGUGUAAAGGAAGUGGAGAAAAUCGAGGAUAUACCGGCAGGCUAUCCCCGAUUUUCCACAUUCAUGAGCUCGCACCCAUCUUUCCAAGUCUAUCGGAGAUUUUCAUCCCUCCGAACACGGGAUCUUCUCAUCAAACAAGACCGACUGGCUGUCCUAGAAGAAAAGCUUAACGAUCUCGACCGGAACGAAGAGACUCUAUCCUUUCUAGCUAGUUGCCGCCGUGAUCGGAAUGUGGAGCGACAGAAGGUUCUGUCUGCUAUUGAUGUGGCUUUGCGUGAAUAUGAUGCAACUAUAAAAAGAAACACCGAAAUACUGAAACUAGAGGAAGCAAGAGCCCGUCCAGCUUCAGCACUACAGAACUGGAUCGCUGGGAAUCCAUGUAUAGCUCGCAGCGAGACAGGAUUUCUACAACACGAAGAUGACUUGAUGACUUUGUUCUCAUCGGAAGAUGGAACGACAAUGUACCUGGAAGGGUGGGUGGAAGACAAACUUAUCAGAUUAUUUAGCAGAUCAUACAAGAGCCGAUGUGAAGCAUUAUCUAGGGACCCCAUGGUCUACAUACCCCGAGAUAGCCUCGUGGUCCACAUUGCCCGAGGACUUUUAGGCCUGUUAGCCAUUAUAUUUAUCAUAGGGCCAGUAAUUGCGUGCAACUAUCUCGAGAGCAUGCUGUCGCGGUUGAUAGUGAUUACGGCUUCGACUACGUUAUUUAUCGGCUUUCUGCUGAUUGGGACUCGUGCGAAGACUGUUGAGGUGCUUGUGGCUGGUGCGGCGUAUGCAACGGUUUUGACAGUUUUCAUUACUCAACAGUGAUUAAAACAGGAUUCAAUGCCUUGGAUUAUGCUGUAGUGUCCGUCUUUAUGUGUGAGAGUCUAAUAACUAUCAGCUCCCUCCAUGAAUACUUGCCAGCGUGGCAGCGAGCCAGCACACAGACAUUGGAGGUCAUCAUGCGUAGUAUACCUCAAGAUGAAGGGACAGGGACAAUAUAGAUUGUGUAUGUGUUGAAUCUGACCAGACUCUCAAGAUAGUGUUGGUGGUGGUGGUAAUGAGGAAAGGCUAUGUAGGCAGUAUAAGUGGCGAAGGAUCAGGCCUUAAUGAGAUGUCUUGAC